AUGACGGAGAAGCCGCCGACAUCGUCGGCCACGGCAUGGACCAGCACCAAGAUCCUCGCGUACGCCGUCGGCCAUGUCCUCAACGACAUGUGCGCGUCGUGCUGGUUCUCGUACCUCCUCGUGUUUCUCAAUGGCGUCGCGGGCUUGUCCCCCGUCGACAGCGCGCUCGUCAUGUUUUCCGGCCAAAUCGCCGACGGCCUUGCGACGCCGCUCGUGGGAGUUGUGUCGGACAAGUCGACCGGGUUUCCCGCGAUCGGGUUUGGUCGACGCAAGACGUGGCUCGCGGGCGGGUCCGUCCUCGUCGUCGUGUGUUUCUACGGAGUGUUUGGCACGUGCGUGCCGAAGCUGUUGACGGCGUCGCCGUCGCGACUGACGCUCGUCUUGUACUACUGCGUCAGCGCGAGUGUGUUCAACGUCGGGUGGGCCGCUGUCCAAGUGUCGCACAUGGCCAUGGUCCCCGAGCUCACCACGAACGACAACAUUCGGUGCGUCCUGAACAGCACUCGGUACGCGUUCACGAUCCUGUCGAACGUCGUUGUGUUUGUCGUGUUUCUGUUGCUGCUCCACGACGUGGACCCGCUCGAGGUCCCCGACGCGUACAAGUUUACUCUGCUCACGACCGUAUCGCUCGUCGUGGGCGGCAUUUGCACCGCGUGGUUCCUUCUCGGCACGGACGAAGUGGUCAAGAUGCCACCGUCGCCGCCCAAGCGUCGGUUGACCCCGAGUCCGUCGCACGGCGAGGCGCUGAACCGCGGGCCGAACGCGCUCACGUUUGAGGCGGACCUGCCUCUCGUCGCGGCGAUGGACUCGACGGCGGUCGCGCUCAAGUGGUUCGACUGGUUCAAGGUCGGCAUGUUUUACGAAGUCGGGGUCGUGUACAUGUGCACGCGGCUCACGGUCAACGUGACCCAAGUCUACAUUCCGUUCCUGCUCACGGUCACGCUCGACAUGUCUGCUACGUCCAUCGCGAUCGUGCCGCUGCUCGUCUACGUGUCGGGGUUCCUCGCGACGUUUCCUCUGCGCUGGAUGAACGAAAAGAUGGGUCGAGAAGGGACGUAUGCGGCGGGCGCGGCGCUCGUGACGCUGUCGCUCGCUCUCGCGUGGCUCUUGACGCCGGACACGUCGUCGUGGAUUUACGUGCUGUCGGUGCUCCUCGGCUUUGGCAACUCGAUCAUCAUGGUCACGUCCGUGUGCCUCGAGGGCGACUUGGUCGGCGACAGCUGCGAGAGCGGCGCGUUCGUGUACGGCGCGAUGAGUUUCACCGACAAGAUCUCGAACGGGGUCGCGGUGCUCUGGAUUCAGAACGAGCGCGAAGCCAUCCAGGCCCAGUUUCCGUCGACCACGGCCGAAGACGGCGAGUUUGUCCGCGCCGCGUACUGCAUCUUGCCAGCCGUGUGCGCCAUCGUCGGCGCGCUCACGCUCUACUACAUGAAGCACGGCAGCAAGACGCUUCUAGAACGGUCAGCUUCUGGAGAUCUGAACUGCACCACCAGCGACUCGAGGGCUACUGCUGGUGAAAAGGCCUCGUUGCUACAAAGUGACCCGGUAUACGGGGCAGCGUCAGCAGGGAAGGUUGUGUAGACGAAGAAACAUGUUGUGGAUCAAAUCGUGGUUGCGCGGCGGCAAUGGAAUUCCGCACCACGUAAGACUUUAUCGUGUCCAUCGAUGCGUUGGCCGUGUCAAAAGAACCAGAACGCCGACUCGACGGCCUCGUACGUCGCAUGCAUCU